GCACAACCGCGAGUACUGGCACUCUUACUCGUACUAGUGAUAGUAAUACAAAGCUGUGGCAAACCGGCACCCCCAAGAAUCCCUCCUACCGCAACCGCUGCCAUGUCGUCCAUGUUCUCCGCACUGCUGGAAGGCUUCCCGGAGAAGAUCGAGAGCCUCGGCCCGCUCGAGAAGAACAUCCUGGUGGCGUCGGCCAUGGUGGUCUACUACAAGAUCGCCAUCGAAGCGGCCUGCUACCUGCGCCUGAACUGGAUGGACCGGCACCCCGAGGUUCCCACGGGUCUCUCCCGGAAYGUCCUCCAGAUUUCCUUCUCGUUCGUCCUUCUCUUCUGGCCCCACUUCGACACCUCGGACGGCUGGUCGUGGAAGCUAGCGGCUCUGCUGCCGGCGGUGGUCUCUGGCCGGCUGGUCUACAAGGGCAUCUUUGUCCGGGACGCCAGCGACGCGGACGUCCAGAACAUGAGCCUGUCGGGGUCCCCGGCCGACCUGCUCUUCGGGCCCCUGCAGCUGGCGGGGAUCUUUGUGUGGCUGACGCUCUACCAGUUCAUGACCGAGGAGGCGGCGGUCGUUGCCGCCGUCAGCUUCGGGGACGGCUGCGCCCCCCUKGUGGGAUCCCUCUACGGCCGGCAUUUUUACAAGACGCCGGUCUCCAAAACCAAGACGGUCGAGGGGAGCGUCGUGGGGGUCUUUCUGGGGACGGUCACCGCCUGCUACUUCAACCUCUACGCCAUGGGGCUGCCGCUGCUCCCGCUGCGGAUGAUCCUGGCCUACGGGGGGAUCGCCGCCGUCGCGGAGGGGACGGCCCCGGGGAACCUGGACAACCUGGUGGCGCCGAUCGUUCUGCACUUUAGCGUCGAGCGGGUCAAGGAGCUGCUGCCGCCGUGAACCGACGGGCCCAAGACAACGGAAACGGCCCAUCGAUGAAAAUCGUCGGUGGGGGGGGGGGCGAUCCGCCCCAGCAAAAGACCUCUCGAUKGGCGGUGCCUUUUUUUGGAACGGGGUCUUCCACAGUGUUGGAUGCGUGCGUGCGUGCGUGCGAUCGUGCACCAGAUUUAUGCAUUCUGCACGCUGGUUGAGAACCAUUGCACUCUCAACAGAAAGGAAGGAACGCACAAAACCAACGGCAUUGCCGUACAACAGAAAUACAAUUUUGGGUGCGAC